GAGCGUCAGUGAACGUCUCACAUGGAGCCAAAGUUCAACGUGCGGUGAAACUCCGCCAGGCUCCAACAUGGACGUGCGGGAUCUGAACGCGUUGUCUCAGCACCGCAGAGCCGCUCUGCUGGUCUGCGGAGCCGGCGUCGCCGCUCUGGGACUCGGUCUCGGGUAUAAAUACCUGCGAAAGCCAGAAAAAGUAGUCCGUGUAGGCGUAGUGUCGCAGCUCCUCAUUCAUCCUCUCAAGUCCGGCAAAGCGGUGCCUGUGGCGGAGGCGGAGUGCCGGGACAGAGGGCUGAAGUCCGGACACCUGGAGGACCGACACUGGCUGGUGAUCACAGAGGACGGUCACAUGGUGACGGGCCGGCAGGAGCCUCGCCUGGUGUUGGUGUCUCUGACCUGUGAGGACGGUCAUGUUUGUCUGAACGGGCCGGACAUGGAGGAGCUGCGAUUCCCCUUUAAACAGCCCGACAAGCUCGUCAUCGACUGCAGGGUGUUUGGAGCUGACAUUCAGGGACGGGACUGUGGCGAUGAAGCGUCUCGCUGGCUCACUCGUUAUCUCGGGGCUGAGAAAACGUUUCGCUUGGUGCACUUUGAAACCCCGAUGAGGCCGAGGAAGCCGGCGGAUAGCGAAGCUCUUUUCCCACAAACUGAGCAAGUGGUGUACGCGGAUGUGGGGCCCGUGAUGCUGCUGUCAGAGUCCUCUGUGAAGGAUCUCAGCAGCAGAUUAGACGAGGACGUCACGGUGGAGCGUUUCCGCCCGAACAUCAUCAUAAGUGACUGCGAUGCGUUCGAGGAGGAUUCAUGGGACGAGAUCCAGGUUGGCAGCGUGAGGCUGCAGCGUGUAAUGUCAUGUGGACGAUGCAUUUUCACCACAGUUGAUCCCAAAACGGGAAUAAUCUCCAGAAAAGAACCUCUGGAAACACUGAAGAGCUAUCGCCUGUGCAAACCGUCCGAGAAGCACAUCUACAAGUCGGCUCCGUUGUUUGGACAGCUGCACAGCGUGAAGAAGACGGGCGUCCUGCAGGUCGGCGACGUGGUGUACAAAAUCAGCCGCUGACUGACAGACUCUGCAGUCCUUCUGUCUCCACUGAGAGAGCACGCAGUUUGCAAUAUAACACUAAUUAACACUUUUUUUAUAGGGGAUUGUAUUAAUUGUUAAUCCACUGAGCUGCAUCUACGUCAGAUGGGCUGUUGUGUAACACUAAAGGUGCCUGGAUAUAAUAAAUCACAAACACUGACACAUUAAUAUCACUGCUGAUUAAAUCCUGAGAGUACCUGCUGUGAUUAAAGACAGAAAUGAAAGUG